AUGUUGUGUUUGGAGGAUGAAAAUUUGAGGGAGAUCGAACGAGCUGGUAUUAGAUUGGAUAAGGCCGGAAUUAUUUUGGGUUCUGAUAAUAUUCCUAUUGAGUGGGGAAGAUCGGAAAAUUUGGAAAUGUUGAGACUUGAAAAAGAAAAGUUAGAAAGAUAUAAACAAGAUGAAUUGGAAUUGGAAAAAUUCAGAUUAGAAAAAAAUACUGAUGCCCAAAGAAGAUUAGAUAGCCAAUGUUUGAUUAUCCAAUCUAUCUAA